AUGAGGUCAUCGACUUCAUCAGGAAUCACUCGAGAUUCUUCCAUAAAUUUAUCGUUCGGGAAUCAAACUUUAAAAAGGAAGAAUGCAAAUAUAUCUGCUAUACCCUUUCUUGACUUGACAUCAGAUGAAGACUUAAAUGAUCAUCACAUUCUUAAAGAUGUAAUCUCAGGUCUCUCAAAAGAUUACUUGGACCAUGGUGAUGAGACUCUUGUGUGUGCUAUCUGUCAUGCAAAAUUAUGGAAAGAUGAAGCCCAUCGAGGUAAUAAAUCUGGGAAGAACACAUAUUUUUCCAUGUGUUGUGGUAAAGGCAAAGUUGAGCUUCCUGAAUUAAAAGAAGCGCCUCCAGAAUACCUAAAUCUCUAUCGUCAUCUUGAUCCCAAAUCCAAAUAUUUCAUGAAGAAUAUCCGUCGCUUCAAUUCGAUGUUUUCAUUUACUUCGAUGGGUGGAAAAAUUGACUCUUCCAUUAACAAAGGCAAUGCUCCGUACACUUUCAGACUUAGCGGUCAAAAUUAUCAUAGUAUGGGAAGUCUUAUACCUUCAUAUGGAUCCAAACCAAAGUUCUCUCAACUUUACAUAUAUGAUACUCAAAACGAAGUUUCAAAUAGGCAAAACGCUUUCAGUAAAGAAAAAGAUGGGUGUAUAUCACCUUCUCAUUCACUUGAUAUCGAGACCAUACAAUUCUUGAAGGUUAUGUUGGAUUCAACGAAUGAAUUGGUUAAGUGGUAUAGAAUGGCAAGAGAUUGUUUUUCUGAAAAUCCUCAUAUGGAUUUAAAGUUACGUCUUAUAGGAAGAAGACAAAAAGAUGGACGGACGUAUAACCUACCUACUGCUUCUGAGGUAGCUGCCUUGAUUGUUGGUGACAUUGGUGAUUCGAUUGAUAAUAGAGAUAUCAUUGUAACAACUCAAUCAGGAAGUCUACAACAUAUAAAUGAAUUACAUCCUACUUACCUUGCUCUUCAAUACCCACUACUCUUUCCUUAUGGAGAUGAUGGCUAUAGAGUUGACAUCCCUCAUAGAGGUGUUACGCCUUCAACGGAUACCAAACGACGCAACUGUAUAAUGAGAGAAUUCUUUGCUUAUAGAAUUCAGGACAGAGUGAAUAUUUUUUCAUUAGUUUUGAAUUCAAAAAGACUUUUUCAACAAUUCCUGGUUGAUGCCUAUACGAUGAUCGAAAGUGAGCGGCUAUAUUAUGUACGCAACCAACAAAAAGUUCUUAGAUGCGAAUCUUAUGAAACUUUGCGUAGCCUACAAAGUCAUGGAAAUACUGAUAUCUCCAACAUCGGAAAACGUGUGAUCUUGCCUUCUUCCUUUACGGGUGGUGCACGUUUGGUUUCCAAAAAUGCUUUUGAAAAUCUGUCUGCUAAUGGUAGCAAAGAUUCAUCAUGCAUGUUGUAUUCUGAGACCGAUGAGUUUCUUUUGAAACAUGACUUCAAACCCAUUACCGAAAUCCAAGAAAUCACAAAGGUAAGCCGAGUAAUUGUGCUUGGUACAGUUAAACGUGUGUGCACGGAUUUUUCAUGGUAUUAUUGGGGAUGUAAAUCGUGUCAUAAGAAGGUUGAUGAAGAUAUUAUGAUGAACAUUGAGCUAAAUGAUGGAUCAACCGGCAAAAAAGCGGUUGUGUGUUCAUCCUCAGUCUGCAACAAUAAAGUUGUUUCUGUUCUUCCUAGCAUGUUGAUUCCGACUCUUUCAACACUCCAACCUUUGAAGUCACAUCUCAAGAAACUGCCAAUUUGA